GAUAAAACUUUGGUGCAUCAACAAGGUAAGAAUCCCAACCUCAAGGAGUGAUUUCCUUCUAUUUAUAUAAACUAGAGAAGCAUAUAAACAACGACAAAAAUUGAAAGCUUAAUCUUCACAGAGAUGGAGUCUCUUCUUUGGUUCACACUCCUUUCACUAACCACUGCUUUAAUCUUCUUCUUCUUCUUCUUCCCUAGGAAGUCCAAGUCCUACAAGCUCCCUCCUGGGCCACCUGGACUGCCUUUUUUCGGCAACUUGUUUGACCUCGUCGGAGCCGAGCCUCACAAAAAAAUUGCGGGCAUGAAACACAAGUACGGCCCGAUUGUUUGGCUUAGGAUGGGUUCGGUAAAAACCAUGGUAAUCCAGACAGCCGAGACUGCUGGCGAGCUGUUCAAGAACCAUGAUGUCUCCUUCGCGGGCCGCCAGAUUGUGGAGACUAGCCUGGUGCACGAUUAUGCGAGUGGGUCAGUGGCGUUAGCCCAGUACGGGACAUACUGGCGGGUGUUACGGCGGAUCUGCACCGUUGAAAUGUUCACGACCAAGAAGAUCAAUGAGACAGCCAGCAUCAGGAGAAAGUGCGUGGACGAUAUGAUUUCCUGGGUGGAGAAAGAGGCGAGAGAGAGCGAAAAAGGAAAAGGGGUUCACGUCGCACGUUUUGUUUUCUUGGCAUCGUUUAAUAUGGUCGGGAACUUGGUCCUGUCGCGUGACUUGGUCGACCCUGAGUCUAAAACCGCAACGGACUUUUUUAAUGCCAUGAUGGGAAUAAUACAGUGGUCAGGAAGCCCCAACGUUUCGGAUAUAUUCCCGUGGUUCAAGUGGCUUGAUGUUCAGGGAUUGAAGAGGAAAAUGGAGCGUGAUAUGGGAAAGGCCAUAGAAAUUGCCUCGGGUUUCUUGAGGGAACGAAUAGAAGGAGAGCAGUUGGGUGGAGAGAAAAAGCAAGACUUCUUGAAUGUGUUGUUGGAAUUCAGGGGAAGUGGAAAGGAUGAACCACCUAUGCUAUCUCAACACGAGAUUCUCAUAUUUAUCCUGGAAAUGUUUUUAGCAGGCUCAGAGACAAGUAGCAGCACCAUUGAGUGGGCAAUGACAGAACUUCUACGCAAACCAAAAACAAUGGCUAAAGUGAAAGCAGAGAUCUCAAAAGUUAUAGGAUCAACCAGAAAGCUUGAAGAAAGUGACAUUGAAAAUUUACCAUAUCUCCGAGCUGUGGUCAAAGAAACCUUCCGUUUACACCCUCCAGUUCCAUUCUUGAUUCCAAGAAAUGGAGCUGAAGACAUCAAAUUCAUGGGAUAUGACAUACCCAAAGGCACUCAAGUUUACGUCAACGCUUGGGCAAUCGGAAGAGAUCCCCAGUGCUGGGAAUACCCAUCAGAGUUCAAACCUGAAAGAUUUCUGGAUUCCAAGAUUGAUUUCAAGGGUCAGCACUAUGAGUUGAUACCAUUCGGUUCUGGGCGGAGGAUUUGUGUUGGGCUUCCAUUAGGGAACCGCAUGGCACACUUUGUUCUGGGUUCACUGCUCCGGGAGUUUGACUGGGAAUUGGACCAUGCUAUUGAUCCCAAAAAUAUGGAUAUGCGUGACAAGAUCGGCUCAGCCGUCAGAAAGCUACAACCACUGAAAGCAAUACCAAGAAAAUGCACAAAAUUUUAAUUGGGCGUUAUAAAUAGUAAAGGGUCAUAAGUUGAUGAAACACCGAAUUCUCAAAUUGGGCAAAUUACGAUCCACACCGCUGUCCUGGAGCACGGUCCAAAACGAUAUCAUUUUGAUGUUAAAAAAAAAUUUACUUAGCUUUGCAUGGAUGUUAAAAUAAUGAACAUUUUGGGAUAAGAUAAUGUAUUUUAAUUUAUGAGUUAGACUACUGUA